AGGCUAGAAAGGGAGCUGCUUUAUCGACAUCGAAGCUGUCAAAAAAUAAGUUGACGUGUAUUUGAGUUUCGGUAAAAGUGUUGUAAUUCGAUUUGAGGUUAUUUAAUUAUUAAAAAGAGGGUUAAAAUGGAUUUAUCGGCGUAUUUUCCAACGCAUAUGGAUUUUGAAGGGCAAGCUCGAGCUGAGAGACUUUCGCGAAUAAUUAUAACAUUAUUCGGGGUUGUUGGUCUUAUUUGGGGUUAUAUGAUUCAACAAUUUUCGCAAAUGGUGUAUAUUUUGGGUGCUGGGUUCAUGUUGGCUGCGUUGUUAACUAUCCCUCCUUGGCCUUUAUACAGAAAAAAUCCUUUAAAUUGGCAGAAAGCAAAAGCGGAGGGAGAAAGCGAAUCUACUAAAAAGGGGAAGAAGAAAAAUUAAAUUAAUUAUAUGUUUGUGGUCUUUUAUAAUUAUUAAUGGUAAGAUAAUAAAUGGGAAAUGAGAAAAAUU